UGCAGUCUCAGUGCAGAGCUGCAGACCGAGUUCAGGCGCUGUUGCCAGCUGUCGAGCUCGGCAUUGCUCCACGACACGCACACACGUAACCACAUCCGUACGGCGUGCAUCCAACCACCCAAUUCCAUAUCCAACUCCCCUUUCACUGGCAGACCCGGUGGAGACGUCCACUUUACUCAUUCUCCUAACGGGACACAACAGACUCCAUCGCUCUAACGGGAGUAGAGACCCCCUGUAUGUUGAGUACUGUACAGUGCAGACCACCAGCACUACCAGCGGUAGCACCAUGGCAACCAAGAGACCAGGGGAGAGGACCUCUCCGGCAGCAGGACCCACAGACACCAGGCAGUCUGGAGCAGAGAUACAGGAGACACUGGUAUACAUGCAGUGCUGUGGGCAGGAAGCCCCUAACAUGACAGAGAGCAACGGCCAUAGGAACAUUAUGAAUAGGCACCAUCAGGUACCGGUCUUCGUGCCCCGGGGGAGGUCUGAGGCGGGCUGGACCCACCCUGCGGCUCCUCAGCAGACUACAACUCCCACAGUGCCCUCCUGCCCUGUGUCUGCCCCGUACAGUUUCCGGAGCCCAGGGUCGGUGGAGAUGGAUGAGAUCAUGGCAGCCAUGGUUCUGACCAGUAUGUCCUGCAGCCCUGUGGUCCAGAGCUCUCCUCAGGGUCAGAAUGACCCUGUACCAGGUUCAUCAUCAGGGGGCGGAGACAUGGAGUGUGGGGGCGGAGACAUGGAGUGUGGGGGUGGGGAUCUGUCUGACAGCGGCAGCAGUGGCUACUGGAGCUGGGACCACGACAACGUUAGUCCCGCCCUGUCCCUGUCCGUCAACGAGAUGGACAGCAGCCCUGACGAAGGACUGCACACGGAGCUGGAGCAGGGUGUGGAGCUAAAUGUAGCCAAGAGGUCAAAGAGUUCUUUCAGAGGAGCGUACAGGUGUCUGUGGCCCAGCUGUGGCAAGGUGUUCACGUCUUCAGUUGGUAUGAAGAGACAUGUCCGUGUGAUGCACCUGAGCAGCGGAUCGGAGCAGUCCCACAGAGAGGAGGAUUUCUACUACACUAAGUUCUCCUGCAAAGUUCCACCAGCCCUCGUCCCGGCCUUGUCCUCUCACGUCCCAUGGGCAUCCUGUGGCUCCCCUCCAGAUCCUGGUCCUGGUCCAGGUUCCUGUCUCCAGAUCCCCUCCUCUACCUCGUCCUCACACUCAGGGUCAGGCAGCUCCAGGCCCAGCUCAGGCCCAGGGUCAACCCCAAGGUCAGCUCCAGACCAGCCCAGCCCUCUCAGCCAGUCUGCCCCCAGUUCCUUUUGGCAGACAGACCACCCAUAUCAGGCCUGCACUCCCCUCCAGGUGACGGUGUCCUGUUACAACUCCGCCCCCUGUUGUUGGACCCCUCCCCCUCUCACCGUCUCUAACCAGCACAGUCACCACAACUCCCAGGUGGUGAGGGGUCGCUGCAGGUCAGUGAGUGUGGGAGAACAGUGGCUUCAACAGAACAGCGCCACCAACAGGCUAACCACCAUGAGAGCAGCCUCUCCGUCACGCUCUCAAUGCUCCUUCAGGAAGGGACGAGGGGAGGCUAAGAAGUGUCGUAAGGUGUACGGAGUGGAGCACAAGGAGCAGUGGUGCACGGCCUGCCGCUGGAAGAAAGCCUGCCAGCGCUUCACAGACUAAACGAGGGCGCGAACGACAGAUGAUGGAAAAAAGAGAGACUUGGGAGAAAAAAAGAGAGGUCACGAUCACAACCAGGGCCUGUUAGCCAUCAAGAACAACAAAUUCCUGUUUUUUUCUACCAUGUUUUUAUUUCCCCCUCAAGGAAUAAAGUGAUUUGUGUAUUUUUUUUAAAUGUAAACGUUGACCUGAGCAGUGAGUCAGUGUGUGUGAUGUUAGUAGCUAGUAGUUGAUGUUAUGACGUGGUAGGUCUACAAUGUUCGUCCUUCCUAGCCUGGUCCCAGACCUGUUGGUGCUGUGUGGCAUGACAACGACCGUAGGAGUUAGUUAUACACAGGGACUGAACUUUUUGGGGUACUGGCUUGUAACCCUGGGUAACAAUGGGCUCAAAAGUCUGUGCCAUGCGAUAUUUCUAAGGACAAACUUUAGACCGUCCUGGCGGGCUAGUGUGGCACAUUUUCUACUAGCCCGAUCUGAAAAGUACUAGCCCGAUUUGAAAAGUACUAGCCCGAUCUGAAAAGUACUAGCCCAAUCUGAAAAGUACUAGCCCGAUCUGAAAAGUACUAGCCCGAUUUGAAAAGUACUAGCCCGAUCUGAAAAGUACUAGCCCGAUCUGAAAAGUACUAGCCCGAUAUGAAAAGUACUAGCCCGAUCUGAAAAGUACUAGCCCGAUUUGAAAAGUACUAGCCCGAUCUGGCGGGCUGGUUUAGUUUCCAUCCCGGGUUGAGCAAGGCGCUUCAUCCUUAAAUGUUCUCCAACUUCUUCUUCUAUACAGCACAAACAGAUCUGGCCCCAGGAUACACGUCUCUCCUCACCUCCCACUGAGGACACGUCUCUCCUCACCUCCCACUGAGGACACGUCUCUCCUCACCUCCCACUGAGGACACGUCUCUCCUCACCUCCCACUGAGGACACGUCUCUCCUCACCUCCCACUGAGGACAUGUCUCUCCUCACCUCCCACUGAGAACAUGUCUCUCCUCACCUCCCACUGAGAACAUGUCUCUUCUCACCUCUCACUGAGGACAUGUCUCUCCUCACCUCUCACUGAGGACAUGUCUCUCCUCACCUCUCACGCCUCUCCUCACCUCCCACUGAGACCAUGUCUCUCCUCACCUCUCACUGAGACCAUGUCUCUCCUCACCUCUUACGUCUCUCCUCACCUCCCACUGAGACCAUGUCUCUCCUCACCUCCCACUGAGAACAUGUCUCUCCUCACCUCUCACUGAGACCAUGUCUCUCCUCACCUCUUACGUCUCUCCUCACCUCCAACUGAGACCAUGUCUCUCCUCAUCUUCCACAGUAUUGUAGCUCUCUUCUUCUUUAAUCUCCUCCUCCAACACGUCAUUCUUCCCCGUGGCCUCCAACACGUCAUUCUUCCCCGUGGCCUCCAACACGUCAUUCUUCCCCGUGGCCUCCAACACGUCAUUCUUCCCCAUGGUGUCUACAGAAGCAAUGGACUACCUAUACCUCAAUGUGAUAUGCUAUCUAUGAGAUCUUUUGGACUAUUUUGUAUUUUUGUGUUUUUUUAUUGUUAUAUAAAGAAUUUAAUGUCA